CUCAACUUUUAAUGUAUGCAAGGCCGACUCCGGACAAGGUGUACUGGCGUUUAGUUCGCGCCCAGGCGUUACUCUCUACUCGACCUACCCCGAUGCGGUUUGGGCUUAGCCGUUUCGCAGGUUUAUUCAGCCGUUUUGGGAAACCCGGUUCUGUAUCUUGAUCUUUCUUUUUCGGCCGAUGGUCGCGUGAAUCCAACUUUUAUUGGGUAACUGUGAGAGAGACACUGCAUGGACCAGACUGAACAUGAAGAGCCUUAAAGCCAAGUUCAGGAAAAGUGAUGUCCAUGAGUGGAACAAGAAUGAUGAGCGUCUGCUGGCUGCAGUGGAGCAUGGCGAGGUGGAAAAGGUGGCAUCACUCCUUGCCAAGAAAGGUGCCAGUGCUGUUAAGCUUGACAGCGAGGGCAAGUCAGCUCUCCAUAUAGCAGCCACACGGGGUCAUUUAGACUGCCUGUCCGUCAUACUUGCCCACGGAGCAGACCUGUCAAUCACAGAUGCUGCAGGUUCCAGCGCUUUACACCUGGCUGCCAAAAACAAUCACCUGGAGUGUGUCAAAAAGCUCAUUCAGAGUAAAUGUGCAGUUGAUGCUGUUGACAGCUCAGGGAAGACUGCACUUCACUAUGCAGCUGCCAACGGGAACGUCCCAACUGUUACGCUACUGUGUGAGCAAAAGAGCCCCAUCAACCUGAGAGAUGCCGAGGGGUUCAGUCCUUUGCUGUUGGCAGCCAGCCACGCUCAUGUUGAAGUAUGUAGCACUUUAAUUGACUUGGGCGCUGACGUCAAUGCAUCUGAUAACAACGGCAGGACAGUGUUGAUGCUGGCCAGUGAGUCCUGCAGUGGGUCCAUCAUUGAUGUCCUGGUUCGCAGAGGUGCAGACCUGUGGGCUGUAGAUUCACAAGGCCAUGAUGCUGUGCGCUACGCCAAGCUGUCAGGCAACACUGAAGGCAAAGCCAUCCUCACUGCUGCGCUGCAAAAACAGCAAGAUGCAGUCACCAAGUCUGCCAGAACUCCUCAGCAUGAUCAAAUAGCUAAGCUAAAUGAUGAGCGGAUCACAUCUCCCAAAAAACGAAAAGCACCUCCACCUCCUAUUAGCCCACUGCAGAGCUCUGGUCUUGCCUCUCCUGGCAGCCCUGCCCCUAUGAGCACCCCUCUGUCCAGCAAGAGUGACCCAUCUAAGACAUUCAACUACAAAGAGGAUGAGGCUAGAGGAGCAGUACUGAGAGACGAGGUUGAGAAGCUACAGGAGGAAAAAAGCAUGUUGUUGGACACAAUCGAAGACUUGAGACAAAUAGUGGAGCAGACUCCUGUGACAGGCCCCGAGCAGAAAGCAAAGACCGAGCACAGUUCCACUGCAACCUCGGCUCUGGUUUCUGUUCUGCAAGCAAAAAUUGCUGCCCUCACUUUGGAAAACCAACAACUUGCAAAUAUUGUCAAGAAACAACCAUCCCUGCUGGGAGGUGAAGACCUGAAGGACUCUAGUCGGCCAAACAGCAUGGCAUCCAACUCCUCCUUUCACUCCACCCGGGAUGAUUUUGAUUCGCUGUCCCAAAGUCCAUUCAUGACCCCUCAAAUCAGGCCGGUGGAAGGGGAUGGAUCUGAGGGUUUUUUAGGAAGUGUGUUCCCAAGACAAGAAGACAUAAUCGAGGAAGAAGAGAGCGAAAUAGCAGGGGUGGGGGAUAAGGAUGAGAUCAGGCUACUGCGACAGGCCUUAGAGAGCGUUCAGACUAAAGUCUUAGAAAGUCAAAAGGAGAAUUGCUCCCCGCAGGCUCAGCUCAAACCUGGGGUACCCACUGAGAGAAGUAUAAAAAGAGAGGAGGAUGAAACUGAGAGAGAGACAGAGAGAGAGGAAGAGUUCGUCGAGAAUCAAGCAGAGCUUCAAGCCAAGCUGACGGAGGCUCCGGAGAGGUACUACCAAGCUUUGGAGGAGGUGCAGGAGUCGAAACAGGAUGUCCAGGGACGAAGGUCUUCUCUUGAACAGGAAGUAAAAGAGCUCAAGUCUCAGCUUGUCCAAUCUGGAUCUGAGUGGGAGAAAGCGGCUCAGAGAAUGAAACAGCUGGAGGAGGAGCUGAGGAGGGCAGAGGAGCAAAGAGAGCUUGUGAAAGGAAAACAGCAGGAAAUUGAGGAACUGUACAAAGACGCACAAGAGGAAAUAAGGAUGCUGCAGGAUGCUCUGAGGGGCACAGUCCCUGUGGAAGCAGCAGCUAAAGACUUUGAGGAGAUGAAGGCUGAGCUGAACGAAGUGAUUUCUGGGCUUCAGCGCCGCCUGCUGGAGCUCUCGCAUUCCUACAGUGACACCAAGAGCCAGCUCAGUGCGGCACAGAAACAGCUAUCCGAGAUCCAUGCUGGGAAUAUUUCAGAUUCUUCCACUACGGCCUCCUCCUUAGCCACGUCUCCCACGGAGCAACAACAUCUACAGCAGCAACAGCAGAUGCAGAUGUUAAAGAGCAAAGUGGAGGAGCUACAGACAGUGUUAGCUGAGGCAGAGAAGAGGUGCUCUGCAUCUCAACAGGAGGUCGCCCUCCUGAGGCAGGAGGCAGAAGCACAAGCACAGGGCUCUAUUGCACUCACUGACCACACACAGGUGGUGUCUUCGCUAGGCAAUGCCAUCAAGGAGCUGGAGAGUCAGUCAGAGGCACUAAAACAGCAGCUGUCCCAGAAGACCUUGCAGGUGGACGCUCUGCAGAAUAGGCUGGCAGCUGAGAAGAAUGUAACCCCAGAUGACUCAGUCUCCCAUCUGGAGCAUGAGACCAUGAGAGAGGGCCUGGAGGGUGAGGUGAACCACCUGACGCAGCUCCUCCAGGGGGCCCUCAGGAAGCAGGAUGAGAUGGCUCUCGAGGCUGCUGCUGCAUGGCAGGAGGUUAGAGAGAGUCGUGCUGAACGGGAGGCGCUGCAGGAGUUAGUGAUGACAAGGGAGAAGGAGAACCAGGUGCUGACCUCCCGGCUGGCCGAGUCCCAAGAUGCCAUCUCUCAACUCAAACAGCUGGUGGAAAAUCACAUCAGCUCCGAGAGAGAAAAGAACAAGAAGAUUGAUGACCUGUCACGGGAGGUGGGGAAGUUAAAGGAUGCCUUAAACAGCUUAUCACAGCUGUCCUACAGUUCAAGUUCUUCAACCAAGAGGCAGCAGCAAAGUCAGCAGUUGGAGACGAUGCAGCAACAGAUCAAACAGCUGCAGUACCAGCUAGCAGAAUCCAAGAAACAGCAUCAGGAGAUUGUGUCAGUUUACAGGAUGCACCUCCUCUAUGCUGUCCAGGGUCAGAUGGAUGAAGACGUACAGAAAGCCUUGAAGCAGAUCCUGAUAAUGUGCAAGAUGCCAAACCAAGCCAAGGACGCCAGCUGAGACAUAUUGGACCUGGUUUGCCAAAAGCAUGUUAUCAGUGAAAUAAGAGUGAACUGUUGCCAACAGCUGUAUUCAUCACCUCAUUUCCUUUCAAUAAAACCCACAAGUUCAUAGUUGCAUUUACAAACAAGCCUGACCACCAGGCACGACAGCCAUGAGCUGUCUGCUGGUCAGGCCAAAACAUUUUUUUUUUUUUUGGCAGCGGUUUGUGAAGAAAUGCAUGGUUGUGUUUGAAUAAAUAUUUUUCAUAUUAGCACAGACAUUAAUAAAAUAUAUUUUAUUACUAUGUCAUUUUUCCAAGUUUACUGUACUUCUAAGAAAUAUGCAAUGAAGAAUUUUGGUAGUUGUAGUUUAAUGGCAUUGUUUUUGUCGGUCUGCGUUUGUACUUUUUUGUAUGGAUUAAUGAACCCCCCCCAAAGUAUAUUCUUGCACUAUGUUGUCUAGUAUCACCUGAAUGUGUUUAGAUGUUUCCCCUUAAUGUCCAGCAUAUUAACAUCUAUAGCUGUGGUAUUGAUUUGAGUUGAUUUAACACUAUAAAAAAAACAGCUACUGUUACAGUUCUAAUAGUGUCUUAACAUUAUGUGGUCAAAUCUUUCCUUUACUUAUUCUUUUCUAAAAAAAAAAUGACUCAUUUCUACUCUUGUGCAGUUUUUUUUCUUUUUGUCAUUUAUCAGUUAUAUACUUGAAGAGCAAGCAUUGUGGACGUGGAGAGCAUAGAAAGUGGCUUGCAUUUUUUUUUUUUACUAUUCUGUCUAAUGUCAUGUGCCUGCACUGAGUCGAAUUAGUAGCCAGGUAGGUGUUUUUCUCGGCCUGAAUGGUUAAAAUAAGAUGUCAUUGUCAGUGUCAUUUGUUAUGUUCUCAGUGGCCAUAUACCUGUUGUGUUUCAACAGGGUUCCCCACAGUAACCCACUAUGGAGGGUUUUCCUCUUUCUUACUUGGGAUAUGUCCUCCUGUUUAAAUGUCCCUUUACUGGUACGGAAUUGUAAAGAAGAUGAGCAGUAUAGACGGAAACAUUUCAACUUUCCUAUUACGCGAGUCUUUAGACAUUUGAAUUACUUUUCACUGCAAACUCUUUUGCCAAAUGUCACCUUUUGUCUGAGCAGUAUUUUUAGAUAAUUCAAAAUAAAAACACUAGCUACACUGAAGCUCUUGAAAGGGACCCAGAUUCAAUUGGUCUAAUAUUUCUGUUUUCCCAAGUGAACUUAUUUCUGAUGAUAAAUUAUAUUUGAUCUCGAGCGUGAGUAGAAGUUUUGCCUUUGCUUUGUAUUUGAGACUUGAGACUGUCCUUCUGUUGUCCUUUAGCUUAUUGUACACAUUAUACUGACCUCUCUCUCACUAAUACAGAGAGUCAAAUAGGUCUUGUCCAAAACACUUAUCUGGGAAGGGCCAAGAAGGAAAAGCCUCUCUAUCUGCUUUUGAAUGUGUUAUGCCAAUUUUUUUUUUUGUGAAACUGAUGUUGUUGCCAAUUGCGCUUUUGCCAAUUUAAAUAAAGUAUUUG